AUGCCGUCUCGAAAACGCGCCGCCGAGGAAAUGGAGGCCGAGGCGCCUGUCGAAGAGCCCAGCACAUUGCAGAAACUGCGCAACAUGUGGCAGUUCUCCAACCUGGCCCAGUACAUCAGUCUGUUCGGCGACGCGGUCAAAAUCGACAAGGACUUUGACAUCGAGGAAUUGGAGUCUGAAUGCCUCAACCCACAGCCGUCCGACAAACUUGCACAAAUUGGCCUAGCGCUGCUGAAGCACGUAUCGUCACACAAGGGCUUGACACCCGACAUCUUUGAUGAAUACACCCGCCGACAGUAUGUCGCCAAAGCGCCCGCCCGAAACCCCUUUGGUGAGGAAGAGGAGCCCAACAAAUUCCACGACUUCGACGUCUUCACCAAGAUACGCGUGUUGCAGCAGUUAUCUGUGUGGACGCUCAACAACCCAAAUACAAUAAGAGAGAAAAUGGCAGCGACGGAUAACGAGCAGACGCUCUGGCGUAUGGAGCCCACAGGCUGGGACUCGCAAGAACGAUCGCUCUAUGUUCUAGAUGACAACCGUAUGUACCGAAUGACAGAUCCACCACCGCCUCCCGAACCUGCCAAAGCCAAAGCCAAACCAAAGUCCAGGAAAUCAAAAGGAUCGAGAUCCAGCAAGCGACAAAAGGCAUCUACUCCCGAGCCCGAAGAAGCCGCCGAUGAUGAGCAAGUAGCGGACGAACAUCAGCCUGAGACGAUAGACGACGGUCUUGGCGGUAAGAAGUGGGAGUGUAUCUGCGUCACGUUGGAAGACUACCAGGAGUACAUGAACAGUAUUCGGAAGAGUCGCGACCCAAACGAGAAGAUACUCUACAAAAGGCUCCAGGAGGACGUCAUACCUGUUAUGGAGGGGCUGGCAGAGGAGCAAGCGAGAAAGCAGGCCCGCAAGUUGAAAGAGUUGGAAAACUUGCAGAAACUUGCCACAGCAAAGCGCUCAUCCCGAAUCUCAUCGCGCCUUGAAAAGCAGAAAGAGGUGGAAGAGGCUGAGGCUGCAGAACGCAAGAGACGGGAGGAGCUUGCCAUGGCCAAGGCAGAGCAAGAGAGGCAGAAGAAGAUGGAGGAAGCACAAGACUCUCGCAGGAUGACUCGUGAGCAACGGCUAAAAGAGCGUGAGACGGCCAAGAUCCUCAAAGAAGAGGAGUUGCGCAAGCUGCAAGAGAACGAGCAAAAGCUGGCCUCGAAUAAUGCAAGACUAUCGGAGCGGCACCUGAAGGCCAUGAUGAAGAAGCACGAAAGUGACCUCAAGAGGCUCAACGAGGAAGAAGACUGGUUCUUUGACUGCGAGAAGUGCGGCACCUAUGGCUCUAACCUCAACGACAACACGCCUCAGAUAUCAUGUGAGAAGUGCAACGUUUGGCAACACAUGAAGUGUCACGGCAUUACAGAAGAACAGGCCGAUGAUUCGAAGUUUGUGUUUGUCUGUACUGCCUGCAAACGUAAAGAGGAAGAGGCGGAUCAACCGAAGCCUCAGUCUCUCAAGUUACGAUUGACAUCACAAUCGCCAUCUUCUCAAAACCUAGCAGAAGCAAAUGGCAACGGAACCUCCAUGCCACGACUACCAGCACCGCAAGCCUUCCAGCCGUCUAUGCAUCCUGUACAGCCGUGGGUCGAUGGCCCAAGUCUAUCUCCUCGUGGUCAAGCUUUGGGUCCGCCUGGUAUACAAAGAUCGGAAGCUGCCUAUGGAUCGCCCACAAAGGGCACAAACGGUAGCAUGUCAUCGCCGAUACGAUCUCACUUCUCAUCCCCUGGUCACAGGACUGGGAACGGUCAUCCGACGUCUUCACCUCCACCUUACAACCUCGAGCGAAUACCGAGCAGUCCAACCAAAAGCUUCCAUAUGCCACAACCACAGCAGAAUGGCAGCUCAUUUGGGGGUCCAAAUCCAUUCGAUUCCAACCCCUUUGGACCACCACAGCCGGCAGCACCACCGUACGCGCGAAGCUUCAGUCGCCCAGCGUCAGCAGCAGGCCCAGGCGGCUCGCCAGUAAAACACUCUCCGGCGGCCUCUCCCCGUCCAGCCAAUGGUCUACCACCUAGUUUCAACUUCAACAGCCCACACUCUUCUUUCCCACCUAGCUCGGCCAACCGUCCAUCAUUCUCCCCAACCAAACAUAGUUCGCCUGCACCUCUUCCAGCAAACAUGUCAUCACCGGCCCCAGCACCAAUGCGUAUAGCUCCGUCUCCCUCGUCCCAAAUGCCUGCUCAGAUGCUCCCCGAUCCCAUCCCAGCGCCAUUGAAGCACGAUGGUAUGCGGCCAAUAUCGAGUCAUCAGAUGUCUGAGACACCCAUCUUUCCGCCAGUUAAGAGCUUGGAACCCCUUUCUAGCCCCACGAUCCUUGACCCACCUGUUAAAAAGUCGAGUCCCGCGCCGGACAGGUUUCUUGAUAGGAUGAAUGGUUUGAAUGGGGUUAGACAUGGGAGCAGUCAGUAA